AUGAUGGACACGGAGCUGCCGCAUCAGACUCAACAGGACAUGGACCUGAUCGACAUCCUGUGGAAACAGGACAUAGAUCUAGGCGCAAGGCGCGAGGUGUUUGACUACAACCAUCGACAAAAAGAGUACGAGCUUCAGAGGCAGCGUGAUCUGGAGGAGCAAAAAAGGAAGCAUCUUCUUCAAGAGCAGGAGAAGGCCGUGCUGGCACAGCUCCAGCUGGACGAAGAGACCGGAGAGUACAUACCCCGCCUGGGGGCUGUCACCUCGCUCCCAUCAGCAGGCACACCUCUAGAGGCUACACAGAAUCUCUCCUUCAGUGACGAAAAUAACGAUGCCAUUUCAUUUGAUGAAUGCCUGCAGCUACUAGCAGAUACAUUUCCUGCCGAAGACACUGAGAAUACCUCUGUGAGCAUGUGUACUUCUGACAUUUCAUCUGGCACUGGUGUGAUGACCACAGAACCACCAUCUCUGCUGCCCACCACACCUUCCCCUGCCCAACUGCCACCACACAGGGCGUCUAUAGAUUUAGAGCAGGCUUGGAUGGAGCUUUUGUCUCUCCCAGAGCUGCAGCAAUGCAUGCAGAUGCAAAUGGAGGAUACAUUGGAAACUACCAUUUAUCCAAACACCUCAGAAGACAAGUUAAAGAGACGCUCUGAUGUGCGUCUCACAAGAGACGAACAGAGAGCCAAGACCCUCAAAAUCCCCUUCACAGUUGACAUGAUCAUCAAUUUACCUGUGGAUGAUUUUAAUGAGCUGAUGUCAAAGCAUCAAAUGAAUGAGGCCCAGCUCGCCCUGGUCCGUGAUAUUCGCCGCAGAGGGAAGAACAAGGUUGCUGCCCAAAACUGUCGAAAGCGCAAAAUGGAAAACAUAGUUGGCCUAGAGGGUGAACUGGAUUCUCUAAAAGAUGAAAAGGAAAGUUUGCUCAAUGAAAAGAGCAAAAACCUGAUGAACUUGAAGGAAAUGAAGCAGCAGCUCAGCAGCCUUUACCUGGAGGUCUUCAGUUUAUUGAAGGAUGAAAAGGGGAACAGCUACUCACCCUCUGACUACUCACUGCAGCAGUCCACUGAUGGCACAGUCUUCCUGGUUCCUCGCAUUAAAAAGACUUUGAGAGCGAAGACAAGCCCUUAUCAAGACAAGACAUUAUCCCUGAAGUAA